UAAAGAGGAUUAUCACUUUCUGUCUCGUCAACGGACGCUGGACCAGUCGCCGGUUGGAGAAGAGCGCACCGCGACGCCUGGGACCGGCCGGGGAACGGGUCGACCUCGCUCCAGUGCAAAUCAGAGGACGUCUUGAAGCGGCCCUACGGGUUACCUCCAUUAAACCGAAACAUGGCAAAAUGAUCCACGCUACUUUUUACCUGUUGGGAGCGCAUGGGGAUCCGUCACCAGGAUUUCCCCGGAUAGCGGUUGUUGGCGCGCUGUUUCUGACAUGAAGACCCGACCUGCGGGAAUCGGCAAUGUCAACGCCGACUGGAUGGGUUCCCUCCCGUUUAAGCUCAGUGCCAUGCCCCUCAAACACCUUGCGGUUCCAGGGUCUCAUGAUUCGUUUACCUACUGGGUGGAUGUGCACGCUCCUGUGGGACCCGACCAGAAGUCGUAUGUGAAGUACCUCGCCACCAUGUUCAGCGUUUUGGCCAAGAAGGUCAUGGUGAAGUGGUCCAUGACCCAGAAUUUGACUUUUAAAGAGCAGCUAGAGGCAGGAAUUCGCUACUUUGAUCUUCGGGUGUCGUCCAAACCAGGCGAGCCUGGUAAUGAGAUCUACUUCAUCCACGGCCUGUUUGGCCACAAGGUGUGCGAUGGCUUGUUGGAAAUCAAUUCCUUCUUAAACCGACACAGGAAAGAGGUGGUGUUUCUUGACUUUAACCACUACUAUGCAAUGGAAGCACAGCAUCACGUGUACCUAAUUAACAUGCUCAAGGAAGUGUUUGGCAGCAAGCUCUGUAACAACUGUGAAGUGGAGAGCGUUACUCUGGACUACCUCUGGCAAAAGAAGUACCAGGUGAUUGUGUUCUACCAUCAUCCAUCAGCUCAGGCCAUUCCUGCCAUGUGGCCGGGAAACAAGAUCCCUGCUCCCUGGGCAAACACCACCCAACCCAACAAGCUCACACAGUUCCUGGAAACUACCCUGAGGGAAAGGGCCAAGCAGGGCUCCUUCCACGUGUCUCAGGCCAUCCUCACGCCCAAGGCUAACACCGUGGCCAAGGGCCUGGUCUGGGGGCUACGCAGCUGCCUCGUGGAAAAAAACUUACCAACCAUCAUGUCUUGGGUUGAGGCUCAGAGGCCGGGGGUGGAGGGAGUCAACAUCAUCACCUCGGACUUUGUGGAGCUCACAGACUUUGCCAACAUUGUCAUCAAACUCAACAACCUGCUGGUGUCCGAACAGGACCGCAAACCGAGAUGACCAAGGUUUGCACAACAGGACAAAUGCAUGUGGACCCCACGGGUGUGGUGGAAGUUGGACGAUAGAUACCUCCAUUAUUGUUGGAUAUAUAGAUGUUCUAUAAAGCUAGAAUUUCUAGGAAAUUAUUUUCAAUAAUACGUUGUUAUAUUUCUUUGAUAUGUUGUUUUUUUAUUUUUUUAUCAUCAGCCAGCAAAUAUGUGUUCCUUCAGCCAGCAAGGUAUCAAUUCCUCGCUCAAGAUUGUUCCAAGUUUCAGGAUACUUUGCACUACUAGUACAGUUACAUUACAGUUUGGGCUGCAGAUUACUUUCUCACACCCAACAUCGUCAAAUCGAAAAGUAGGAAAUGAAUCCUAACACAGCUUUAACUUCUUGAUUCCUUUCUCUACAUUUUCUCUCGGGGGAAUACUGGACAUACAGUAUACUACAUUGGUAACAUUUACACCACAAGUCCAUGCAGGAAGCAAACUUAGCUUAACUUAUUUAUAUAAUGUAUACACAGCUCAAAAGGCUUGUAGUAUUUUUCCGCAGAAAAGGUAUGUAGGGGAAUUUCAAAAGAAAAGGACUAGGGUAAAUAUAUUGUACUGUAAAGUAUACUGUGCUGUAAAUACUGUAGUCUUAGUAAGGCUCAAUAAGAUAUACCUUGUAUAUUGCAUGUAGAAAUAGCAAGGGGAAAAAAUGGCCAAUGUCGUGUAGUCUAAAUUGACUUAUUGACUUGUUGAUUGUGCUGUUUGUGUGCGUGUGUGUGUGCUCUGUGGGCUCUGUGAUUAUGCGUGACCAGGCUAGCACUGCAGUGACAGUCGCCCUACAUUCCUGUGGUCAGAGUAGAGAAGGAGACGAGGAGAGACGGACUGCAGAAGUCAUUUACAAAGCCAAGGCAGUUAGACGCCAGAGAGGAAAGUAAGAGAAAGUUCAAACUGAAAAAAAUGGAGGAUGCGGACAGAGGUAUCGCGACAGCCCCCCUGCCCCCCCCCCUUCAGUAGCAGCAGCAUCAUCUAAAAGGGAAGUCAAAUAUUUUCUUUUCAUAUCAAGUCCUGCCUGUCUUUUUUCCACUCCCUCACUUGUGUGAAAUAUCCUGUUCUGUCCACGCCACAUUGUUGACAUGCUUAGUGGUCACCAAGUCUCUCUCUCUCUCUCUCUCUCUCUCUCUCUCUCUCUCUCACUCACACACACACACACACACACACACACACAAGCACUUUAAUUGUGGUGUAAUUACACAUACCAUGGCAGGCAAGUGGGAGAGCAGAGAGCAGAAGCUUUGACUGAUGGAGAGCAUUCCUUGGUUGUUUGAAUUGGUCCUCUCUCUUUCUCUCUCCUUCUCUCACCCCUCUAUAUACCUGCUGGCUUCCCAGGACUCCAAGGAGAAAUCCACAACUCGGCCAUUGACUCCCAAUAAAA